GUUUCAUACAGGUGUUCACAUUAAUAACUACCAUACGGUGGUGUCACAAUCUUGCGUUGCGUGGUAGACUGCGAUAAGCCGUACAUCGAAUAGUCUUGCGGAUGGUCGGAUCAGGAGUCAGGACCAACUUGAAAAUCAUCCCAACGUAUGCGCCGCAGUUGGAUUGUAAUGUUACUCGUGCAGUCAGUGAUCCGUGAUGCAAACUUGGAUGUUGAUGACAUCAGUCACGUUUCUAUGCCCCGUGGGCCUUGCCACAUAUGUCCCUUCCCAUAUUACAUCGGGUUCCGCAUUCCACUUAGAAAGUUGGACUUCUGUGACAGUCUCUCCCAUUGGCCAAAUUCAGCACGGGUGGUGACUGAGUUGCCUGUGUUUGCUGUUGCCCUCGGGUCUGCGCUACUAGUGUCGUACUUGUGGUAUAAACAGGAAUUUCAUCCUACGGAGUUCCAUGAUAUGGUCCAGUUAAUUCAAGUUAUCUCCAGCAACCAAUCGAUGGCAUCGAGGAAACCUAACUCUGCAGCUUCAGCAGAGAAUAGAUAUCGAUAUUGAGUCCGGGCGCUACUUAUCCGUAUUCAUAAGUUACAAUACCAACGUAUCUCGUUCACCCUCCCUUAGCCAACGUAAACUCGUGGCUGAAUUCCGUCCUUCGUCUCCGCU